AUGGAGAAAUGGAAGGAAUUUGAGUUGUCGAAGGAGGAAGAGGAAGGCAUUACGGCGGAGGUUGAGGAGGCGUGCGAAGAUGAGGUGUUCCACAGAACCCUAGCUGCAAGAUUAUGGACUGAUAGCCCUUUCAAUUCCAGGGCUUUCACAAGCACAAUGUUGGGAGCGUGGAAACUAAAGAACCCAGUGGAAGUCCAAGAACUAAGCAAAAAUUUAUUCCUUUUUCGUUUUGCCACAAAACGAGAUCUUGAAGAAGUGUUGAAGAACGGACCAUGGAGUUUUGAUAGAAACAUAAUGGUUUUGGCAAGAGUGUCAGGAGAAGAACAACCAACAGAGCUCAAUAUGCAAUAUGGCUCCUUCUGGGUUAGAGUGUAUGAACUACCGUUAAUGCUCAGAUCUGAAGUUAUGGCAAAGAAACUAGGAGGUAUACUGGGAGAGUAUGAAGAGAUGGACCAAAAAGAGGCGCACAGGAAUGGGAGAUUUAUGAGGAUCAAGGUAAAGAUAGAUCUUAAGAAGGCGUUAAAAAGGGGGACUGUAGUCCGAUUUAAAGAGAAAAACCUAAGGGUACAUUUCAAGUAUAAAAGGCUUCCUACUUUUUGCUUUGUGUGUGGAAGAAUAGGCCAUCAAAUGAAGGAUUGUGAGGAGGUAGGAUAUCAAAGUGAUGAAGGUUAUGAGAACCUGGAAGAACAAGAUCUGUCUUAUGGUGCUUGGUUGAGGGUUUCGCCUCUGCCCAGAAUCCAAGAGGAACAAAAGAGAAAAGAAUCAAACUCUAACUCAUGCAGCAAAAGUUUAUUCAACAUAUCUUCAGGUCAAAGCAGGUGUGAGGUGAAAGGGAAAGAGAAAGAAGGGGACGAGGGAGAAGUCAAUCAAAAGAAAAAAGCUGAUGCUCUGAUUGAAUGCGAAAAAGAGGUGGAUCUGAAGCAACCAGAAUGUCCUCCGAAGCGCAACACUCUGGAAAUCGAGGCCAUGACGAAGUCUUUUGGAGCUGUGGAUAUAUCAAAUGUUGGUCAGAGUUCUAAGAAAAAUCAAAUGGAAGGCCUAACAAAAAAGAAGAAGUGGACCCGAAGGCAAGGCAUAAGGAAAAGCUCACAAUCUGAAGAAAAAAAAAAGAAGAUAGAGGUGGAGAUGGGGAAGAGGAAUCUUGUGGAUGUUAUUAUUAUUGAUGGAACCCUAGAAGAGCAUGGAAUCAUUGAGAAGAAAUUAAAAGGCCCAGAAGAGCAACAAAAGUCUGUUUCAAAACUACCAGAGGUGGUGUUGGAGGGCCAAAACCGCCUAGACCAAUGA